AUGUCCAACUCGAGGCUGCAAAGGCCGGACAUGGUUCGAAUUCGGAAGUUGUAUCCGUAUGCGAGGACAGACGCAAUUGAACUACCAAGCUUUGAUCAUGUCUCUGAUAGAGCCAAGUGUAGAUGUAAAUCACUCGACAUUCGAUGCCAAUCCUCUGUAUCAAAGUUCACGACGUCGACCAAGAUUUUCCAGCCAGGAUCCUCUCCCCGCAUUGCCAAUCCCUCACUUUCCAGUCUCCACGGAGUCUUUACUAUUCUUUUCCUCCACGUGUCUCUUCCAUACCUAGACCUCGGCUCGGUCAUGAUCUCUAACCCCUUCGUCAAUAAAAUACCCUGGCAAGCUACCUGGGCUCUGCAAUGUGCCUUGGAUCUGUAA